AAUGGCGCUCCCCGUGGUUAUGUUUUGAUCUUAAGGUUAAUAACAUACGCAAUCGCGACGUGUGGUACUAGUGUGCAGCAGUGCAGCUAGUGUGUGUGGAUGGUGGAAUGUGUAAACCUAUAUAACCUGCCUUGGGAAUUGACGUUAUAUCAUUAUUAUACUCUUUGGUAGAGUCUCUUGAAAAAUGAGGCCUUCAUAUACAGUGUCGUAAUGUUAUGUUGGUCAAGGCAGUUGGAAUUGCGACAUUUGAUUUGGUCGCGUUUUUCUCAUUAACCAGAGAUGGCAGGUUCACAGCAUUCUUAUCCAACGGGAUUUCCUAAUUCCCAACAAGGUGCUUUAAGAAGUCAAUUCGGUACCGGUCCACCUAUCGGUGGUUUGUUGGGUUCUGUUCAACAGACAGGAAUGGUUGGACAGCAAGCUUAUGGGGUUGCAAUGCAGCCCAAUGCCCAGCAGUCUCUUGUUCAACAACAGCAGCAGCAACAAAAUCAGCAGCUGCAGAUGCAGCAGCAGCAACAACUGCAACAGCAGCAAAUGCAUCAAUUACAACAACAGCAGGCAGUUGCCCAGCAGCAGCAAGUGAACCAAAGCAACCAGCAACAGCAGCAACAGCAACAACAGAGCGUCCAGCAGCAAAGCCAGUCCCAGCAGCAGCAGCCUGCGCAGAACAAAGAGCUCAACACUGCGUCCCUCUGCCGCUACGGUCAGGAAACUGUUCAAGAUAUUGUUUCCCGAACACAGGAAGUAUUUCAGACUCUAAAAAUCAUUCAGAGCUUGAUUCCAUUAAAAGAAGAAUGGGAUAUGAAAUCAGAUGAGAAAAAAACCUCUGAGUCAUACCGACUGGCCUGCGAUGAAAGCAAAGAAAUUAUGGAGCAAGUGAUCUUGAAAAACCGCCAUCUUAAGGAAAUUAUUGAUCAUCUCCGAAGAAUAAUAUGGGAAAUAAACACGAUGUUAACAAUGAGGCGAUCUUAAGAUGUGACUAAGAGUGAUUUGAUAAUGAGGAAAGAUGUAACAUCCAUUUUGAUUUAAGAAUGUUUUGAUAUAUUUCGUACAAAGUAAACAAAAAAGUAUAUCUCUACUUCUUAAUGCUGUACUAUGUACUUAUUUAAUAACAAUUUAGUGCAUGGUACAAAAGUAUUUAUUAUUAGUAAAAAGGUUGAUUGAUGUUGGUUCUCUGAAGGAAAGUAUUUCAACGAGCCAGAUGUUUUGUAUUUUAAUGAAGAGUUUUUCAUUCUUCAUUAUUUUACAUGUUGCAUGAAAAAUUGACCAUGUUAUGGAUUAAACCGUGACUAUGUAAAGAAUAUGUUUUGUUUGUGAGUAUGUACACACGUAUGUAUGCAUAUACACAAUGGUUGAAUGUUAUGAAAUUCAGGAAUAUCAGAUUGCUUCCAUUGUAGAUUUAAGGAAGUAGAAAACCAUAUAUACCAUGUAAAUUAGUUAUUGCAAAUGAAAUCAAUACUUGUGUACAUUCAUUUUUUUUUUAGUUUAUAAUGUUAAUUAUUAAAAAGUGAAAGAAAUAAGACAAAACAAUGUGUUUAGUGUUGGGUAAUACUGUUACAUCAACUACUGUUUUUAUAAAUAAAAUCCUGGAAUAACCUGUUUUGCAACAGGUUUACAAAUCAAAUGAAAAUAUUAAGUUAUUUUUCUUCUUAGUUUGCAAAUGUGUGUCAACUCAAUUUUCCACUAGUUGCCUAAAUCCUACAAAGCAAUGAAAUGCUCAAAUUUUGAGAUUGUGAAUUUGAGGAAAUUCCAAAUAUGUAAACAAUUUUGCAUGUAUAUUUCACUUUUCUUAUGUGUAAAUGUUGACCAAGAAAUUCUGUUUCCUUUUGAUUCUGUUCAUACGUUUGAAAAUGAAGUGAUGAUCUCUUCAGUGUUUGUGACUAGUUUUUUAGAUUAAUAGCGUCAUUGUGGAAUAAUUAGAAUUUAAAUAAGGGGAAAACAUUGAAUAUAAAAUGUUUCAUCUUUUAUUAAAAUUGUCUGAUGGGUUAUUAAGAAUGUUGGAAUAUGUUUUGAUAUACUUUAACAUUUAAAGAUUAAAAUGAAUAUUAUGAUGUAGAACUUGUUCUUGAAAUCCAGUAAGAUUUCAGAAGCGAUGUUUUUAUUUAUUAAAUAUUGUAUUUUCUGCUAUGUGGAUAGUAUUUAUUUUCUGUUUGGUGUUCGUUGAUUGAAUACUUUUGUUGCCUUGAUAUAUAUAAUUUGUAAUGUACAAAAUGUAGUGUACAAUAAACUUCAUACUUUGAUAAGGAAAUUUCUCAUUGUUGUCAUUGUUGUUUUAUA